AUGGCAGCAGCAGUCGUGGCUCCACCAAACCUAGAAGCUCCUCAGCCUCACUACGAUGUCAAGCUCUUCAAUCGCUGGGCCUUCGAUGAUAUUUCCGUAAAUGACAUUUCUCUUGCUGACUAUGUUGGAGUGCAAGCUAAGCAUGCUACAUAUGUCCCUCACACUGCUGGGAGAUACUCUGUCAAGCGUUUCAGGAAGGCUCAGUGCCCAAUUGUUGAGCGGCUGACAAACUCUCUUCAGAUGCAUGGCAGAAACAAUGGAAAGAAAUUGAAGGCUGUUACGAUUGUCAAACAUGCUAUGGAGAUCAUUCAUCUUUUGACUGAUCAAAACCCAAUCCAAGUUAUUGUUGAUGCUGUGGUCAACAGUGGGCCCCGUGAAGAUGCUACUCGUAUUGGCUCAGCUGGUGUUGUCAGGCGUCAGGCUGUUGAUAUUUCACCUCUUAGGCGUGUAAACCAAGCACUGUAUCUCCUCACCACUGGUGCUCGGGAGGCUGCUUUCAGGAACAUCAAGACCAUAGCUGAAUGCUUGGCUGAUGAACUUAUCAAUGCAGCCAAGGGCUCCUCAAACAGCUAUGCCAUUAAGAAGAAGGAUGAAAUCGAAAGAGUUGCCAAGGCCAACCGUUGA